AUGUCAGUCAGCAGACUGACUGAAGUACACAAGAAGAUGAUGAUGGAGGAAGAGGAGGACAGAGCAGAGUCUGCAGGGUCCAGCUGUCCUUCUGUGACCAGUGACGGGUCCAAAGGUCGUCCUCCAGACUUCAGUGGUGAACCUGUACCAACGAGAGGUCAGAGGUCACAGUCUGCAGGGUCCAGCUGUCCGUCUGUGAGGAGUGACCGGUCCAAAGGUCAACCUCCACUCUUCAGUGGUGAACCUGGACCAACGAGAGGGAGGAAGAGGAAGAGGAGCGGUGUUUGUGAGGAGGAGCAGCUGUCCUGCUGUGCUUUGUGUCAGGACGUCCUGAAGGAUCCAGUCUCUACCAGCUGUGGACAUUGGGUCUGCAGACAGUGCAUCUGCCCAUACUGGGACCACUCUGCUUCAUCAGGAGACUCCUCCUGUCCCCAGUGUGGAGAAAGAUCCAGAACCAGAGCUGGACUGCAGACAGCCAGUCAGAGCAGCUGUGUACAAACAGAUGUUGGUCUGCAGGAGGUUUUAGAUGAACAUAAGAUCAGUCUGAGGAGGAGAUGUGAACGUGUGACUGAAGGAAGUGAUGAAACAGGAAGUAGAAGCCUCCUCAACAGAAUCUACACUGAGCUCUACAUCACAGAGGGACAGAGUGAAGAGGUUCAUACCCAACAUGAGGUGAGGCAGCUGGAGACAGCUUCCAAGAUGGACGCCCUCCAUGACACUCCAAUCAGAUGCCAGGACAUCUUUAAAGCCUUACCUGACCAACAGAGACCCAUCAGAGUGGUUCUGACCAACGGCGUGGCUGGUGUUGGAAAAACCUUCUCAGUGCAGAAGUUCACUCUGGACUGGGCAGAGGGCUUGGAGAACCAACAUGUCAGUGUGGUGGUUCUGCUUUCAUUCAGGGAGCUGAACCUGAUCAGAGAUGAGCAGUACAGUCUUCUGGAGCUGCUCCAUGUUUUCCAUCCAACAUUACAGAAGGUCACAGCAGAGAAGCUGGCUGUCUCUCAGCUUUUGUUCAUCUUUGACGGCCUGGAUGAAAGCAGACUUUCAUUGGAUUUCACCAACAGGAAGCUGCUGUCUGAUGUCACACAGAAGUCAUCAGUCAGCCAGCUGCUGACAAACCUCAUCCAGGGGAAUCUGCUUCCCUCGGCUCUCGUCUGGAUAACUUCCCGACCUGCAGCAGCCAAUCAGAUCCCUCCUACAUGUGUUGACAGGCUAACAGAAGUACGAGGCUUCACUGACGCCCAGAAGGAGGAGUACUUCAGGAGGAGAUUCAGUGAUGAAGAGCUGUCCAGCAGAAUCAUCUCCCACAUGAAGACAUCCAGGAGCCUCCACAUCAUGUGUAGUAUCCCAGUCUUCUGCUGGAUCACUGCUACAGUUCUGGAGCACAUGUUGACUACAGAGCAGAGAGGAGAGCUGCCCAAGACCCUGACUGGCAUGUACUCACACUUCCUGCUGGUUCAGACAAAGAGGAAGAAGAACAAGUACCAUGAGGGACAUGAGACGAGUCCACAGGAGCUGACGGAGGCUGACAGGGAAGUUCUUCUGAAGCUGGGGAGGCUGGCGUUUGAACAUCUGGAGAAAGGAAACAUCAUGUUCUACCAAGAAGACCUGGAGCAGUGUGGUCUGGAUGUGACAGAGGCCUCGGUGUACUCAGGAGUUUGUACAGAGAUCUUCAAAAGAGAGUGUGUGAUCUUCCAGAAACCAGUCUACUGCUUUGUUCAUCUGAGCAUUCAGGAGUUUCUGGCUGCAGUCUACAUGUUCCACUGUUUCACCAACUGGAAGACAGAGGUGCUCAUGAUGUUCCUGGGACAAACAUAUGGGAAAUCAUCUCUGGAUGGUUUCCUGAGCAGAGUCAUGUAUAAAUCCCUCCAGAGUAAAAAUGGCCACCUGGACCUGUUUGUUCGCUUCCUUCAUGGCCUCUCUCUAGAGUCCAACCAGAGACUCUUAGGAGGUCUGCUGGGUCAGACAGAGAUCAGUCCAGAAACCAUCCAGAGAGCCAUCGACAACCUGAAGGGGGUGAACAGUUAUAAAUUCUCUCCUGACAGAAGCAUCAACAUCUUCCACUGUCUGAUGGAGAUGAACGACCUCUCAGUUCAUCAGGAGAUCCAAGAGUUCCUGAAGUCAGAGAACAGAUCAGAGAAGGAACUCUCUGAGAUCCAGUGUUCAGCUCUGGCCUUCAUGCUGCAGAUGUCAGAGGAGGUUCUGGAUGAGUUUGACCUGAAGAAGUACAACGCAUCAUGGCGGGGACGACAGAGACUGAUUCCAGCUGUGAGGUACAGCAUGAAGGCUCGACUGACUCAGUGUCGACUCUCAAAGACUCACUGUCCAGUUGUGGCUUCAGCUCUGAAGUCCAACCCCUCCCAUCUGACAGAGCUGGACAUGAAUGGAAAUGAUCUGGAAGAUUCAGGAGUGAAGCUUCUGUGUGCUGGACUGGAGAGUCCAAACUGUCGACUGGAGACUCUGAGAUUGAGCUGCUGUGGUUUGUCAGAGAUCAGCUGUGAUUAUCUGGCAGCAGCACUGAAGUCAAACCCCUCCCAUCUGAGACAGCUGGACCUGAACCUGAACGAGCUGCAGGAUUCAGGAGUGAAGCAGCUGUGUGGUUUUCUGGAGAGUCCAGGAUGUGGACUUGAAACUCUGAGACUGAUGGACUGUGAAUUGUCAGAGAUCAGCUGUGAUUAUCUGGCAGCAGCACUGAAGUCCAACCCCUCCCAUCUGAGAGAGCUGGACCUGAGUGAGAACAAGCUGUUGGAUUCAGGAGUGAAGCAGCUGUGUGUUUUUCUGGGGAGUCCAGGAUGUGGACUUGAAACUCUGAGAUUGAAGGACUGUGAAUUGUCAGAGAUCAGCUGUGACUAUCUGGCAGCAGCACUGAAGUCCAACCCCUCCCAUCUAAGAGAGCUGGACCUGAGUAAAAACAAGCUGCAAGAUUCAGGAGUGAAGCAGCUGUGUGGUUUUCUGGAGAGUCCAGGAUGUGGACUUGAAACUCUGAGAUUGAGUAUCUGUGGUUUGUCAGAGAUCAGCUGUGAUUAUCUGGCAGCAGCACUGAAGUGCAACCCCUCCCAUCUGAGAGAGCUGGACCUGAGUGAGAACAACAACCUGCAGGAUUCAGGAGUGAAGCAGCUGUGUGGUUUCCUGGAGAGUCAAGGAUGUGGACUUGAAACUCUGAGAUUGAGUAUCUGUGGUUUGUCAGAGAUCAGCUGUGAUUAUCUGGCAGCAGCACUGAAGUCCAACCCCUCCCAUCUGAGAGAGCUGGACCUGUGGUUAAACAACCUGAAAGAUCCAGAUGUGAAGCAGCUGUCUGAUCUUAAGAAGAGUCCAGACUACAGACUGGAUACUCUGAGGUGGUGAUGAUGGUAAACAGGACGGUGUGUGUGCUGAGAGAGGAGGAGCUGUGUCCUGAUGAUCCAGAGAGGUUGAAGCAGCAGCAGCUUGUGUGUAGAGACGCUCUGACUGGGCCAUGUUACUGGGAGGUGGAGAGGAGAGCUUCAUCCAGCAGUGACUGACAGAGGAAUGAAGUGCAGAUGACUGUCAGUGCUGCAGAGUGAACUGCUCUGAGAACAGCUCCACUGUCAGACACAAUGUAGAGUCCAGCAUCAUCCCUGUGUGUCCCUCUGGAUCUGACAGAGGAUCAUCAGUGUAUCUGGACUGCUCUGCUGCUGCUCUGUCCUUCUACAGUCUCUGCACAGUCUCUGUCUGACUCUGGCUUCAGACCCUCCUGGAUCAAACUCACCUGGAAAGGCUUUCAAACAUCUUUGAAUAAUAAACAUCAUGUUUUUAUAAGAUAAAUAUCAUGUUUUCAUGUAUGUGUGCAGUUUGAAGUUUGAGCC